UUCACGGAGAUGAUGAUGUUGAAGCUUGAAGAUGAAAAAUUAAUAAUGAAACCAAAAAAUUAGAAUGAAAUUGUGAAAGUGAAGUGUUUUUGACUAUUAUUAAAAAAUAUUUUUUCAAGUAAAUAGAUUUAUCGGAAAUGCUACUCAACUAGGGUAGCAAUUAUUUACUUUAUACGACACAAAACUAAACUUUUGUUGUAAACAGAAAUCAUAUAAAAAUGAUCCUGAUUAAUUGGUGUUUCGUUUCUCUCUUCCUGUUGAUCUCGCCAGCAUUCCAUCAUGUGAAUGCUGUUGAUAGAAAUAACUUCAAAAGCUGUGAACAAAGUAGUUUUUGUAGGAGGUGUAGGAGAAUGAAAGCAGGAGAAUCGAGCUACGAACUGCUGUUAGAUACAGUUACUGCUCAGGACUCAACUGUUUCUGCCCAACUGAUCAAUGCAGAAAACAAUGUCAGAUUCAGUCUUGUGUUGACAGCUUUAAGGGAUAGCUCUUUCCGGCUUCAGAUUGAUGAGGUUUUACCUCUUAAACCACGUUAUCGUGUUGAACAUGUUCUGGAAAAAACUCCAGUUGAAAGCAGAUUGGAAAUCACAGAGAAGUCGAGCAAUUCUGUAACAGUGACUGCAGCAACAGGAGUGAAGGCAGUUAUCUUUGCGGCGCCAUUCAAAGUGGACUUUUAUAAUGCUAAUAACCAAGUAGCAGUCACUGCCAAUCAACGAGGCUUGUUCCGCUUUGAGCAUCAGAGAACAAAACCUGUGCCAAAAGCGGAAGGUGUGGAGGAAGAAGGUGCAGCAGCGGGUGGUGAGGGUGAGUUGAGAGACGAUGCGGGGGAGGAUCCGGGCGCCUGGGAGGAGAACUACAAGUCGCAUCACGACUCGAAGCCCCUGGGGCCCACGGCCGUCGCACUUGACUUCACCUUCCCCGGAGCCGAACAAGUUUACGGAGUGCCUGAACAUGCUGACUCACUCGCACUCAAAUCCACCAAGAAGACUGAUCCGUACCGACUGUAUAAUCUGGAUGUGUUUGAGUAUGAAUUGGAAAAUCCCAUGUCGCUCUAUGCUGCUAUUCCUUUUGUCAUAGCUCAGAGUGUUUCGAAAACGGUUGGACUGUUUUGGCUGAACACCGCCGAAACAUGGGUGGAUGUGGCUGGAAACUCAGAUGAGAAUGUGGUCUCGUCAAUAGUUAACUACGUAUCUGGAGGCACCAAAGUAGCGCAAGUCGAGACUCAUUUCAUGUCAGAAAGUGGAAUUCUCGAUGUGUUCAUUCUGCUAGGACCAAAGCCUCAUGAUGUUUUCAAACAGUAUGCUGAACUUGUUGGAACCACAUUCUUGCCUCCGUAUUUUUCGCUGGCCUAUCAUCAAUGCAGAUGGAAUUACAAUGAUCAAGAUGACGUCUCCACUGUCAGUGAAAACUUUGAUAAUUAUGAUAUACCAAUGGAUGUAAUGUGGCUCGACAUUGAACACACUGAUGGCAAAAAGUAUUUCACUUGGGACCCGGUGAAGUUUUCAAAGCCUCUUGAAAUGGUGAAAAAUCUAACGGAUAAGGGAAGAAAACUGGUCACCAUUGUUGAUGUGCAUGUGAAACGUGAUGGUGGCUAUUUUGUGCAUAAUGACUGCGAAAAUAAUGGAUAUUACAUGAAGAACAAGGAUGGAAAUGUCUAUGAAGGAUGGUGUUGGCCUGGAUCUUCCAGUUACCCAGACGUGCUCAACCCGGAAGUGAGGGACUAUUAUGCUGAACAGUACAAAUUCGACAAAUACUUGGGAUCCACGGAUGACGUUCAUAUUUGGAACGAUAUGAAUGAGCCUUCUGUGUUCAAUGGGCCAGAAGUCACCAUGCCCAAAGACCUCAUGCAUUAUGGUGGUUGGGAGCACCGCGAUAUCCACAACAUUUAUGGAAUGCUAUUUGUGAUGUCGACGUACCAGGGCAUGCUGAACCGUGGCGGCGUAGCGGACAAGGCGCUGGCCAAGCGGCCGUUCAUCCUGUCGCGGUCGGGCUUCGCGGGCAUCCAGCGGUACGCGGCGCUGUGGACCGGUGACAACGCGGCCGAUUGGGGCCAUCUCGCCAUCUCAUUGCCCAUGUGCCUAUCGCUUGCCAUCUCCGGCGUCUCGUUCUGCGGCGCUGAUGUCGGCGGCUUCUUCAAGAACCCUGACCAAGAGCUGUUGAUUCGGUGGUAUCAAGCAGGAGCAUUCCUGCCGUUCUUCCGAGCGCAUGCGCACAUCGACACGAAGCGCCGCGAGCCCUGGCUGUUUGGACCCGAGGCGACCUCUCUCAUCAGGGAGGCCAUCAGGAAGCGCUACAUGAUGCUGCCCUUCUGGUACACCCAGUUCUACAUCAACAACCAGACCGGCCUGCCCGUCAUUCGACCUCUCUGGGCCGAGUUCCCAGCCGACAGGAACACCUUCACCAUUGACAAUGAGUUUCUCAUAGGUGACUCAAUUCUGGUUCGGCCAGUAACCGAGCAAGGAGCCACCGAGGUGAAGGUGUACUUGCCAGGCCAGUCUGAGGUCUGGUACGACAUGGAUACAUAUCAGCCGUUCCAAGCCAAUGGAUAUAUCAACCUCCCUGUCGGUAUUCGCAAGACUCCUGUGUUUGUGAGAGCUGGAUCAAUCAUACCACUCAAACUACGAGUGAGAAGAUCUUCAGCACUGAUGCACAAUGAUCCUUUCACUUUUGUUGUUGUUUUGAAGGAGAAUGGUACAGCUCAUGGAAAUCUGUACAUAGAUGAUGGAAGUACAUUCCAAUUUCUGUACAAAAAGAAGUCUCUGUUUAUUUCCUUGGCCUUCGAAAAUCUAGAGCUUUCUUCAAAAUUCAUUGACAAAGGUCACCAUUACGAUACAAAGUCAAAAGUUGAAAGAGUAGUAAUAGUGAAUGCACCGCCAUCUAUAACAAGAGCAAGAGCUACGAGGUUGAAAGCUGGUCAAGUCACUGACUUGGAAACAUCGUAUGAUAGCAAUAAUAUCUUGACAAUAAGAAAACCUGAUCUUCUUAUGUCAGAAGAAUGGAAGAUUACUCUCCAUUAACAGUGUAGCUAAAAAUGAUGAGAGCUCAAAUUUUCUAUCAUUAUCAACUGUGUAGCGUGAAACAUUCUUGUGAUAUAAGUAAAUUUAGCUCUUAAUAUUUGAUUUCUGUUUCGUAUUAGAUUAUUGUUCAAUCAGUGAUUUCUUCUGAGAUAACUGGUGAUUUUUUUCGUAGCGUCAGUUUUAGAGCCCUUAAUAUUCUCAUAUGUAUGGUAAACCUACGUCAUCUACAAAUCUACUUAAUUGUUUUACUAGGAAGGGCGCUAAAAUAAACUGUUAUAACGCUAUUUAUUAGUAGGAAUUGUUAUUAUAAGUUUGUCUUCAUUGCUAAUAUUACAUUGAUUAUUGUGUAGUGUAUUGUUGACUCGGUUGUGUGUGCUUCAGGUGUGGAAAAUUCAGUGAUUUAUUUAUACAAAACCGCAUGAACUUCCACUUCGACAUUUCCCAAUAAACUUUUGAUGUUACUAUUGUAGUACUAUUCCAUGCAGCAAUUACUUGUAUAUAUCAGUCAUCAAUAUCAUUGUUAUUCAGGUUUAAUUCUCGAUAUUUCCCUUCGUUUCUGUUAAUUUAUAUUAAUCAAAACAUUAUUUUAAAGUGGAUAUAGAAAUCGACCCAUAAGUUUGUAUACCUGUAUUUUUUAAGUGUUGAUUAAAUUUACUUCAGCAGCAUCACAUUCAAAUCUUCUAUAUAUAAUAUAAUUUAUUGUAAUAUUAUAGAUUUCAUAAAGAAUGACACAAUAAAAGCAUUCAUCUGCAUUGAAAUACCGUAAAA